AACAAUUUCAUCAAGAAGAAAGUUAUUGUGUUGUUUUAUAUUAUUGUUGUUAAGCAAAAUAAAAGAAGAUAUUUUCCUAAUGAAUUAAAUUACAUUUCCCUCUUGAAAUUACGGUUAGGAAUACGACUCCAAAACGAAAAUGGGUUAUCAUGGAAUAGCAACGAAUACACUUUUAACAAUAAGUAUAUAUCUAUUAGUUUCGUAUCGUGAAGCGAUAACAGUAACAGCAGCACCUACACUAGAACAUAAUAUUAUAAAAACAAUUGAUAACCCAUCGGCCACAGGUGGUGGUCACUUAACAUCCAGAUAUCGUACCAGUCGUUUAAAUAAUAAAUACUUACGAUUACAUCCAAAUGAUAAUAUUGAUAUUUUAAUUGAUGAUGAUGGAGAUGGUGGAUUUGGCGCAGAUGUUAGUAAACGGCAAUUUGAUGAUUAUGGACAUAUGCGAUUUGGUAAACGUGAAGAUCGUUUUGAUGAUUAUGGUCAUAUGAGAUUUGGUCGUAAUAAUUUGGAAUAAUACACGUUUUAUUAUACGGAAAGUAUUAUUAUAAUGGUGGUAUACAGACU